GACACCUCCUCUCUGCCUCCACAAACUUUUCUCCCCAUUCUUCUCUGUGAUCAAGAAACGUUAAAGAUGGUGAGAAAGAAAGUGGACAUCGUGAAAAUUGAGGAUAAAGCAAAAAGACAAGUGACUUUCACGAAAAGGCGGCAAGGGCUGUUCAAGAAAGCCAGUGCACUUUGCAAUAUUAGCAAUUAUGAGAUUGGAAUCAUCACUUUUUCCCUGGCCGGCAACAUGUAUGCCUGGGGACAUCCCACAGUUGACUCCGUCCUGAAGCGUUACAUGGCCGACAGGGCCCAGAAACCUGAUGAAAAUCAUCAAGAAAACGAAACUUCUCCAGGCGAUCACCAUCAGAACAAACGGGAGGUGAGUCUGGCUUUGUCUUUAUCACUACCUGCAGAUGAAAAAGAGACUCCUGAAAGAUCUGACGAAGGGAAGGCUGGUCAGGAGAAGGGUUUGGUGUUGAAGAACAACAACAAUAACAGUAGUAAUCAAGAAGGGGAGAAGAGAGUGGAGGGGCAUGCAGCAGCGGCGAAGUCAAAGGUGAUGGCCUCAUGGAAUUUGCCAAAAGUUGAUGAUCUAGAGAUUGAUGAACUUGAACGACUUAUGGCAGAUAUGGAAGAGAUGAAAAAGAAGGUUGUUGAUCGCGCUAAUCAGAUGAAAAGCAGUGCUGGUCGAGUUCCAAGUUCCUAGUCUGCCUAAUUAGCUGGUACAUAUUUCGGGGGAGAAGAUUUCAAUCUUACAAGUCAUUCAAUUGUUAAUUGCAAUCGUUGGUCUGAAAGUCUACAAAUUUUUUUUUUUUUUGGGUUUUUUUAAGGUUUGGUCAUGUUUCAGCCAGCCACUGGCAGACAGGUAUUUAGGUGAGUGAGCAGGGAUCGGUAAUUAGGACUUAGUAGUUAAAUGGGGUUUUGUUUGAGUUCAUAGGACGAUGGACAGUAUUGCUGCAUGUUCCUUUUCCACUUUCUCCUCAGAAUGUGGC